GACUUCGGAAGUCUCUUAAGAUACGAUUUCACCUUACUUUAUACGCCAUGUACGGUAAGCUGAUUAUCCUACUCGCUGUUGCGAGCUCCUUAUCGGCCCAGUCGAAUUCUACCGUUUCACCGAACAUUGUGACGACGGUUUCUACCGUCGCCGCAACAAUGAUCUAUACCAACAGUUCGUCAAUGAUCGAAGGUACAACCGCAUCAACGACAAAUGCUAGGACUGCAGCCCAAAAUACGAAACAGUCUGUUGCCAACGGAACCAGGCCCCCGGGGCAAACUGAACGUUAUAGAUAUACAAGACGUCCAUCUGGAAGACCUCCAACCCCUCCAGAUCGUGUCCAAUUUCCAGGAUCGAAAAUGAUGUCCGACUUCAUGAAUACCUUAACCACACUUUUAGAACCGCCAGUCUCCAGCAAUAACGUUAAACGCCAUUCUAGAAAUACCGUGUCUUUCAACUACUCGGAUAGUGUUAAUAUAACCGAUACGUCUUACUUUUUUAACGGUCCAAGUCUACCAGGUUUCUUCGGCGUCCCUGACUUAAGGUACUUCCAGAUGCCUAGUGUGAACGAAAUGGUGCCAUCGUUGCCUCAAAUUUCGAAUCCCCAGAAUCUCCAUAUUCCCAGAAUCCCAGAUUUUCCCAAUCCUCCGGAAGUCUUCGGGAUGCGAGAUGCUACCAUAGAGGCGAGGCAAAGGCUAACGGCGAAAAUCAGCCCUAGACAAGAUCUGGCCAGCGGUAUCCAAAACGCCAUUCGGAAUGGACUCAGCAGUUCGAAUCCGACCGAAGCUAUGAGGGGGCUCAUCUCCACAAUUUUGGAUACCUAUUUGGCCGUCGCCCGAAACUGUCCUUUCCUCAUCGCCGGUGGAUAUCUUAUGCGCGAGGGACUGUGGCUCAGUUCCGUCGUCCUGAGGACCAUGGCGAACAUGGCGAGACAAGUCUGAAACGACUCUUAAAUUCUGUUAUUGAUUACUUACUGCACUUGCACUUGGUAGAUAGCAUUGUUAGAUGAUUGUAAUUGUUUUACGAACGAGUAUCAUGAGUGAGAAAAUAAAUAUACUGCACCUCUAA